AGUUAGCGUUAAGGUCGAAAAGUUCUUUGAGUUUUCCUGAAGAUGGUGAAGGAACAAAAAUCCGAAAAUGGAAAAGGCCUCGGAAUUCGACAUUUGCAAAGUCUUUGGAUUUUCCUGGGAACUGCAGCUACCUUUGCAAUGCGGGUGAACCUUUCCGUAGCUAUUGUGGCCAUGACUGAUAAUAAAAAUGCGAAUCCUAAUUUUGAGGAAUUCCACUGGGAUGAAAAAAUCAAAUCGUAUCUACUGGGAAGCUUCUUCUGGGGCUACGUAGUCACUCAAAUACCAGGAGGGUACAUUUCCCAACGUUUUGGCGCUAAGUUUCUUCUCUUCUUUGGAAUACUCUUCUGUUCGCUUCUCAACAUUUUAACUCCAUGGUGCGCUUCCUUCGGAGGUUGGAAAUUACUAUUUGCUUCACGUCUUCUACAAGGAUUAUGUCAAGGUGGAAUUUUUCCUUCAUGUCACGUGUUACUAUCGAAAUGGUGUCCUCCGGAAGAACGAGGUGUUAUUGCAUCCUUCGCAUAUUCAGGGUCCGCCUUUGGGACUGUCACAAUUUUGGCGACUAGUGGAUUUAUUGCUUCGGCCAUAGGAUGGCCCAGUAUUUUCUAUUUAUCGGGAAUAUCAGGACUAGUUUGGUGUGGUAUAUGGUUCUUCUUCGGAUCCAGUAGUCCUGCACAAUGUAAACUUGUCUCGAUUGACGAGAGGCUCAUGAUAGAAACUUCUCUGGGAAAAUCUCAGAACGAGAAGAAGAAACAUCUCUCGACUCCAUGGAAAAAAGUGUUUACAUCACCACCGUUCCUGUCUUUGAUUUUGGUGCACUCUACGAAUAAUUGGGGCCAUUGGACGUUGUUGACCCAAAUUCCCAGCUACAUGAAAGGAGUACUAGGAAUGGAUAUUAAGAAGAAUGCAUUGCUUUCUGCCCUCCCAUAUUUUUCAAUGUGCCUAAUGAGCUUCGCGUUUGUUGCAGUCGCCAAGAUCUUGUCGGAGAAGAAAUAUAUUUCCGUUGAAAUGGAACGAAAGCUGUUUAACACAAUCGGACACUGGGUACCGAUGUUAUCACUUGUUGGAUUAGGAUUCGUCAAAACCCAUGCGACAAUGGCCGUUACUCUCCUAACGAUAGGGGUGGCGUUUAACUCGGCGAUCCACCUUGGUUUUCAAGUGAAUCACAUCGACUUGGCCUCAAAUUUUGCUGGAACGCUUUUAGGCACGACUAAUUGUUUCGGUAACUCCAUGGGAGUUUUCGCGCCUCUGGCUGUGGGGUUUAUCGUUACAGAUGAGCAUGAUCCAAAUCAAUGGCGAAUAGUGUUUUUCAUAGCUGCUGGGCUCUACUUCUUGGGUAACUUGAUGUUUCUGAUUUUUGGCACAACGAAGGAGCAACCAUGGAAUAACCCUGGAAAGGAUGAGGAAGUUAACACUGAAGAGCUAAAACCAAUUAAACCUGAGGGUGCAGCCUAGAUGAAUUGGAGGAAGCAGCAAUGGGCUGCAGCAGUCUAGACCGAUUAAGAGGACACGGCUUGUUCCUAUAUUCGACAGAAUGGCUGCUCAGUGAAGGCUCAGGCUGAAUGAGAUGUCUUUCCUAGUCAAUAUUUUGUUUUAUUGGACUCAUUUAUUUCUUAAAUAGAUCAUCUAUUCGGUAAGAA